CCAGCCACGAAGCCCAGAGGCGCCGCCUGACGCUGCGCCCCGCCCUCUGCUGCAGUCUGAGCGCGGGAAGCGCGUGUGCUGCGAUUAAACCCUGAUCGGAAUGAGCGAGUCCGCGAGUAAAGUGCGCUCCCUGAGCGACGAGCAGAUCAUCAACCGAUGGGGCUUCGACUACUACGUGUUCAAGGCGUUGAGCGCCUUCAGAGACGCGGACUACACGGCCUUCACGCACUUCACCAGCAUCAUCGAGAAUCUGGUGGUCAGACCCGUCGACGGACACAGCGACAUGAUCGUCAAGCUGCGCUGCAUGCAGUUCCUGUCCCGGAUCAACAACGGAGACAAGCUCGAUCUGACGUUUGAGGAGCCCAAGACCCCUCUGGAGUCGGCUCUGAGCGUGCUGGAGAGCAUCUGCCGGGACAUGAGCGUCCCCCUGCGGGAGCAGGAGCGCGUCAAGCAGGCCAUCAUCGAGACGCUGGUCAUGGUGUGCCUGCGCGGCGGGGAGUUCGCCAGGGCCGAGGAGGUGCUGCUGAGACACUUCAGCGACGCCGCAGACUCGGCCGGGAAGAAGAAGCUGUUCGAGAGCCUGAUCCGGCGCCGGCGCUCCUCUCACUCGGUGCUGCAGCUCAGCUCCUACGCCGACUUCAAGCAGGACAUGCUGGACUUCAUCGAGCGGCUGUACCGCGUCCCCGAGCCCUUCCUCCUGCAGAUGCUGAAGCGAUCCGGACACCCCGGCGUCAGCUCUGAGCCCGUCACCUCAUCCUCACAGGACAGACAGAAGACCAGCGCCGCCGCAGAGGAUCAUGGCAGUGUGUCUGCGCGUCUGAGUCUGCGCAGUCUGCGGCAGGUGUACGGCGUGCUGAGCGAGCGCUACGGCGUCAGCGUCUCCUUCACGCAGCUGCAGCAGGAGCUGGAGCAGGAGGAGGAGGAGCAGGAGGAAGAGGAGUGCCCCGAGCUGCACCUGGCCCUGUCCGAGACGCAGCCGGAGACAGCAUACGCCGGCAUGACCAUCUCACGCCUGGUGCAGGAGGACGACAGCCAGCUCAGCGCUGAGGAGGAGGCUCAGAACGAGGAGGAGACGCAGAUCAGGAUCGUCGUUCCCAGCGGCCCAGACUCAGACGAUCCUGAGGUCCAGACAUCUGUCAGACGCUCAGACACACAGAACAGUGAGGGUUCAUCAGCUCAGAUCUGCACUCCUGCUCGUCACACACAGAAACACAACAGGAUCCUUCUGUCCAGUGAUGUGGAGUCUGAGGGUCCCGCCGCGUCUCCUCCAGCCAGCAGACGCUCAUCCAGACACAAACAGCAGCAGAAGAAGAGCGAUCUCAGUGAGUCUGAGUGUGUGCUGAUGGAGGUGCAGUGUUCCUCAGCUCAGGUCUGCUCUCCCGCUCGUCCCAGCAGCAGCAGCAGCUCUCCGGCCGUCAGACGCUCAGACAGAGACACACAGAGGCAGAGCAGGAUCCUUCUGUCCAGUGAUGUGGAGUCUGAGGAUCACGCCGCGUCUCCUCCAGCCAGCAGACGCUCAUCCAGACACAAACAGCAGCAGAAGAAGAGCGAUCUCAGUGAGUCUGAGUGUGUGCUGAUGGAGGUGCAGUGUUCCUCAGCUCAGGUCUGCUCUCCCGCUCGUCCCAGCAGCAGCAGCAGCUCUCCGGCCGUCAGACGCUCAGACAGAGACACACAGAGGCAGAGCAGGAUCCUUCUGUCCAGUGAUGUGGAGUCUGAGGAUCACGCCGCGUCUCCUCCAGCCAGCAGACGCUCAUCCAGACACAAACAGCAGCAGAAGAAGAGCGAUCUCAGUGCGGGUGAAUCCGCUCCGGUCUCGACUCCUGCUCGUCCCAGCAGCCCUGCAUCCGUCACACGCUCAGACAGAGACACACAGAACCAGAGCAGUGAGAUGGAGGUGGAGGAUGGAGGUUCAUCCGUCCAGCACUCGACUCCUGCUCGUCCUAGCGCCACAGACGCACCGAGGCAGAACAGGAGUGUGACUGUGUCCAGCGAGUCUGAGGAUCACAGCUCGUCUCCUGCAGCGCAGACGCCCCGCCGCCGCAGCUCUCCGUCCUCUGGAGGAGCUCACAGGAGGAGGAGGGCCAGAUGGCAGGACGUGUCCGGGACGCACGAGAACUGGAGCGACGAGGAGUCACUGUUCAGCGCCACUUCAGAUCGGUCCAGUAAGAAGUACAGCAGGAAGAUGUGGACGGUGCAGGAGUCGGAGUGGCUGAAGGAGGGAGUGCAGCGCUUCGGCGUGGGACACUGGGAGAAGAUCCGCUCCGCCUUCCCCUUCACCGGACGCACCGCCGUCAACCUGAAGGACCGCUGGAGGACCAUGCUCAAGCUCAGGCUGGUGUGACCCACACGUGUUUUAUCAUGUUUUAUACUCAUGUUCCUGUUUUAAAACCAUGUGUUCAGCUUGUGUUCCUUAUUAAACGUUUGUUCUGUU